GUUGUUCUUAUCUUUCCGUCGGCCUUGCAAAUGGGCUAUGAGCGCUCUCCGCAAGUUUGCUUAGAGCUCCGCGCCGACGCCCACAGCUCCGCGCUGGCGCGGGCCACGUCGGCCCCGCGCGAGGUCCCUGCGGCGACGCGGCGCCUGGCGGUGUUCGGCGAGGGCCUGGUAGCGCCCCACGCGGUGAACGCGUUGGCGCAGGGCUUGUGCCAAGCCGUGGCCUCCGACGGCGCCGCCGAGGUGUCUGCGUGCCUGUUCAGUGGCUUGAGCUCUGCCCAGCUGCUGGGCGAAGAUCUGGUUGACGCCCGGGGGCGCCGGGGUGCUAACCUCCGGACGCUGCUGGCGGGCUGUGAUGCGGCGUUGCUGGUGGCCGGUGGCCGGGACCUCGGCCUGGGCGCUUCGGCGGAAGACGCGGCCCGCGACGUGAGGCGCCUAGCCGAGGCGGCGCUGGAGGCCUCGGCGGGCACCAUCUUCCUGGCGGUUCCGGAGGCCACCAAGCGCGCCAGCUUGGCCUUUUUGGUGGGGGAAAGCCUUACGGCCAGGCGUCAUGCUGCCAACGACCAGCUGGCGCGGUGGGCGAGACAUGUGGAGUCACGCGUGGAGUGGGUGAACGUCGCGGCCUUGCUGCCCUGGGGCCCCAGGUCUGAGGCUGCGGGCUGCUGGGAUGGGGCAGUGCUCUCACCGAAGGGUGCUCACCUUUUGGGUGAGCGGCUGGCGUGCGUGCUACCGCGAGUGCAGGAGGAGGCUUCGCUGGCGCCCGAAGGAGACGAGGUUCCUUCGCUCGAGGCCUUUCUGGAGGCUUUCCGGCGCGAGGAUGAGGAUGGCGUGGCCGUGCAGGAGCCAAGGCCGUGGGAGGUCGAGGCAGCGGUGGUUCUGCAGACGCGCCUUCGCUUUCUGGCGGCCUCCGGGGGAAAGGCCCGAAGGUUGGGCUUCGCCCGGCUGGCGGCGCGCCAGGCGCUCAGUCGCGGGGCCGCUUGGACCUUGCGACCAGUGCUGGGGCCCUGCGGGCUGCGCCUGACAGUGGGGCCGCGGCUCAAGGUCGGCAAGAUUCUUCCCGGCUACAAACUUGGGGUGCGCAAGGCUGCGCCUUCUGCAGGGCGCCCCAAGGCGCUGCGGGACCUGUCCCGGCGCUUCUUCAGGUGUGGCAGGCACUCCAUCCAGCCCCUGCAGAGCCUGGCGGAUUUGCCGGAGAUGGCGGAGUUUCACGAGGACUUUUCGAAGUUGGUACGGGCGCUGGAGGACGCCGAAGACGCGCGUGUCUCCUGCAACCAGGAGGAGGAAGUGAAGAAGAAGCUGGAAGAGAAGCGGCAGGCAUCCCUGAAAGCUGCCAGCGAUUUGGAACGCUAUCAGCAGAGGAUCAGGAGGUGUGUGGCAAAGAUCCGGACAGACAAGGAACCUGGGAGCCCUGGGGGCCCACUGCUGGAGGAGGAGGGGAAGGAGGAGACGGAGGAGAAGAAAGAGGGCGAGCUUAUCCAGGAGCGCAACACGGCAGUUGUCAAUCUGAUGGAAGCCCUCAAGUCUGAGCACGACCUGGUGCUUGAAGCUGCAGGAUGCUCGACUCAGUCCGGAGAUGCAGAAAGGGCCGCUACUGCCUUGCGCGGCAAAGCCGAGCGAGCCACCAAACGACUGGAGGAGGUCUGGACCGCCCUGUGGGCUGCAGAUGAGGCACAGGACCGGAACCCCGCGCUGGGCGAGCGCGCGCCGGAGGUGACAGACAAGAGCACGGUGCGAGAGGAAGCCUUACAGCAGCUCAGGGACUUUCCCCAUAGCAUCUCUGGGCAGGAGGUGAUGCAGCACACCAACGAGGAAUUCCUGGAGCUCAGGUCGCAAGUGCAGCAGGUCCAUCGCAGCUCCAGUGGCGUGGCCAGUCUGAACUCAGUGGAGAUGGCAUUCUGCCAGCUGAAUGAGGCGAUGAGCGAUCUGCUGCAGGCGGUUUGCCAGGAGAAGGAGUACUGGGAGCAGCUGAGCAUCGAGAAAUGCUUUCCCAGCCGCUCCAUGAUCGAUGCAGGGUUUGAAGAGCACCGCCUGGCGGCUGCCACGGCCGAGUGUUUGGGCGCGUACAGGGACAGGCUGGGGAUGAUCCACAAGUUGCAGAAGCAGAUGCGUCAGGCCCAAGAGGCACCACAGCAGUUGCAACGAGGCUUCGAGGAAGCCAAACAGCACCGCGCCCAGAUCUUGCAGGAAUCCAAGAAGCUUAAGAAGGCGCAGCUUAUGCAGGAGGCCAAGGAAUUGUACUCCGACGACCGCGUGGGCUGGUUGGAGACGGCAGUUGGCAGGCUUUGGAGAAAUUCAGACAUCGACGUCAGGAAGAGGAAGCUGCAGGAGAAGCAAAGAGCGUCCUGGCAGGGCAUGCAAAACCUCUUGCAACUCAGCCAGCUGCAUUGUCCAGAAUGGGUGCCCAAAGUCAUCGAGUUGUGCAUCGCAAACACCACCCUUGAUCAAGGCCGGUCAGACUACAGCCCAGGCUACAGGGAUGCUUCGUUCCUGCAAUCCGUGCUGGUGUGCCGCAAGAUUUCGGACUACACAAUUGGAGAGGCCUUUGAGCAAUCAAGGCACAAAGUCUUCAAAGCCGAGCACGUCCGCGAGAGUUGCGUCCUGAAGCAAAUCGAUCUGAGCAGCGCGAAGGGCACGAAGCAGUUCUGGAAGCUCGCUGUGACACAUACCAGGUACCGGCAUCCUUUCCUGGUUUCGCUUCAGGCUGCGUUCAUCGACACGGAUGGGACAGGCAAAACACUUGAACGUGUUUUUGGCUACUUGCAUUUUCCGCUUGCCAAGGGCACACUGGAUGACGUCCCUAUAGAGGAACUGACACUUUUCCGGUUGCUGUCUUUGCUGCAAGGGAGCGCUUGCGCGCUGGCGUACUUGCAUGGCGAAAAGGCCACUCAUGGCGACAUCAAGCCAUCCAACAUCCUUUGCUCUGAAGAAUUUCAGCCAAUGCUCACUGACUUUGAGCUGUUGAUUGAUGCAACGAUCACAAGCGGGCAGACCACGACGGUCGCGGCUCUGGGCGGCACUCUGGACUUCCUGGCGCCGGAGCUGUGCAAGGAAGGCGCGCGCGAUGCCAGCAAGAAAGCCACUUCCAAGGCGGACAUGUAUUCGUUGGGUAUGACUUUCAGACAAGCGCUCAGUCGCUGCCGGGAUCAUAAGGGCAAAAAGCAUGGCAGCUUGAUGGAUGACAGACCCCGUGAGACUUUCGAGAAGCUGGACGCCUUGGCAGAUCGCAUGACGCAGCAGGUUGCGAGUGCCAGACCAGAGGCGAAGCACAUCGCAGAAGACCCCGUUUUUCUGACCCACAUUGCUGAAGAGAGGGAAGCAGCCUUGCACCGGAACAGCAAGCCAACUUAUUGGUCCAAAGACUCCAGCAAGGAGCUGAAGGUCUGCAAGAUUGAGGAGGGCGACCAGGCCUUUAAAGCGCUGCAGGAUGCCUUGGUGACGCACCACAUCCUGGGAGGGAGGGAUGGAGGGGAGAAGAAAGCAGGCCGCCUCCAGGUGCGGAGAGCUUGGCGCAUCGAGAACCCGCUGCUGUUCGCCAAGUACCGUGCGGAACAGGACGCCGUGCGCGCCAGCGUGGACUCCCUGAAGAGGUACGGCAAAAGCCUUGCAGACCCCCGGAUCCUGAGCAGACUCACGGAAGCCACGGGCGAGUUGCAUUCCGCCCGCCUGGACGCAUCGAUCAACGAAGUGUACUUGUUGCAUGGUGUCAGAGAUGUUGGGAAGUCGCUGCUAAGCAUCAUCACCUCGGGGCCGAGCAAAAGCCAUUGCACUGGAGGUUUGUUCGGCCUUGGUGUUUAUUUCGCAGAGGACGCAGCAAAGUGCCACCAGUAUGCAGCGCACACGAAAGAUGAAUACUUCAACCAGGUGCCGGCCUUACAUAGGCACCUCUAUGAGAACCGCGAUGCUCAUCCCGGCAGCGGCACUGAGCCUGUGUAUGUUCACUACAUCCUGGCUUGCCGAGUGAUCAUGGGCUAUUUUGCCAUGACUCAGGAUGGUAAGCGCGACGCCCUGAUGGUGGAUGGGGGCCCGGUUUGGUUGACCGAGACCCGAACAGAGUUGGCGCAAGUGAAGGGCUGUCCCGAGGGCUCUUCAGAGAAGUACCACGCCUUGAUCGGGGAAAGUGGUCCGGGGCACGAGCGCUUUCGGGAGUUCAUGCAGUUCAAAGAUGAACGGAUCUACGCAGAAUAUUUGAUUGCGUAUAGUGUGUCUUAG